UUUAAGAAUUUAAUCGGUUUUAAUCGAUGAAGACAGUUCAAUGAUUUAUAGUUUUUUUUUUUACAAGCUUUGUGAAAUAUUAGUUUAUUUACCAUUUAAUGUUGAUUUAUUUAUCUAACUGUAAUGAAGGAUAUUUGCGAGUAAAGCUCAUAUCCACUGAUGAGAAACAGUAAAUCUGCGUCUCAUUUCUCUCUCUAUAUAUCAUAAAUCAGUUUAUCAUGAACACGAGUUCAGUGUCUGGAGAGUAAUGAUGGAGAAACUGAACUUUUCAACUCUGAGUCAAUUGAAUCAAACACUUUGAGAAAUGAUUCAGUGAAUCACGACACGUGCUGCUCAAACAGUGAACAUGAACGAAAACAACAAACACUAACAAACUAACUAAUCAUGUUUUCAUCAGUCAUAAAUGCCUAAAUAUUAAGUUUAUUCAUUUGCAGCGUUAGUUUCGAGUGUUUUUUUGUUUGUUUGUUUGAACAGGUCCAUUUAAGACCAUAAACUCUGUUAAUCUCUUCUUAAAGAUGGAGUUUAUUAAAGAGGAAACUGAAGAAAAUACGAUUAAAGAGGAGAAUGAAGACAUGAAGAUUGAAGAAACAUUCAGUGUGAAACAUGAAGAUACUGAGGAACAAACAGACCUAAUGACACUGAAAGAGGCGAGUCAUGAACUUAAUGAAAUGGAAGAAGAGAAAAAACAUGAUAAACAUGAUUUCAUGACUGGGAAAAGAUCGAUACAGGCUAAAAAGACCUCCUUACAAAAAAGAGCUCAAAAGACUGGAAAUAACAGUUAUUUCAUUUGCCAACAGUGUGGAAAGAGUUUUGAUCAACACAGAAACCUUCAGGUUCACUUGAAAGAUCAUACUAGAGAGAGCCCCAUCACUUGCCAACAGUGUGGAAAGAGUUUCACACUUAAAGAAAACCUUCUAGUCCACUUGAGAAUUCAUACUGGAGAAAAGCCUUUCACAUGCCAACAGUGUGGAAAGAGUUUCGCUGUGAAAGUAAACCUUCAAGUACACAUGAGAAUUCACACUGGAGAGAAACCUUUUACCUGCCAGCAAUGUGGACAGAGUUUCACUGUAAAAGGAAACCUUAUAGCCCACAUGAGAAUUCACACUGGAGAAAAGCCUUACACCUGCCAGCAAUGUGGAAAGUGUUUCACACAUAAAAGAAGCCUUAUAGUCCACAUGAGAAUUCACACUGGAGAAAAGCCUUUCACCUGCCAACAAUGUGGAAAGAGUUUCAGUCAAAAGGGAAGCCUUACAGCCCACAUGAGAAUUCACACUGGAGAGAGCUCAUUUACCUGUAACCAGUGUGGACAGAGUUUCAGUCAAAAGGGAAACCUUAAUGAACACAUAAGAAUUCACACUGGAGAGAAACCUUUCACCUGCCAGCAAUGUGGAGAGAGUUUCAGAUUUAAAGGUAACCUUAAGGGACACAUGAGAACUCACACUGGAGAAAAGCCUUACAUCUGCCAACAGUGUGGAAAGAGUUUCAGUCAAAAAGGAAAACUUGAAAUCCACAUGAGAAUUCACACUGGAGAAAAGCCUUACAUCUGCCAACAGUGUGGAAAGAGUUUCAGUCAAAAAGGAACAUUUGAAAUCCACAUGAGAAUUCACACUGGAGAAAAGCCUUACACCUGCCAACAAUGUGGACAGAGUUUCACUGUAAAAGGAAAUCUUACAGCCCACAUGAGAAUUCAUACUGGAGAGAAGCCUUUUACAUGUGGUCAGUGUGGAAAGAGUUUCAGAUUUAAAGGUGACCUUAAGGGUCACAUGAAGAUUCACUCGAAAAUGACUCUCUUACAAGUUUCAAGUCACCAAUUCUAAUACAACCUAAGUAAAGGUCUUAGAGUAUCUGAUUUUAAUAAGUACUUAAAGGGUCAUGAAACCCCAGAACACAUUUUUUUGAGCUGUGAACAGAUAUACAUAGACUGCACAUCAUUGAAAACACUAAAGGUA